CGUUGACUAUGGCGUGGAGGAUUGAGUCUGGUUUAGGACAUCAGGGAAUGUCCGACGUCGGCAGAGACACGGGGUGGGGCUGGCUGCGGGCCGUCUAAUACUGUGACGUUCCACAAGGCCAGGAUGGUCCGUCACAAACAUUCACGGUCUACGGACGACGACAUGGCCCUACCCAUUAGCCAUUCAGAUUUGAGACUGCCAUCGAGACCGUAUCUCACCAAGCGAAGCGCUCGGGUGCUCCUCAUUCUUGUCUUGGCCUCAUGCGUGCUUGUUGUCUUCCGUCUUGGUCAUUCAACACGCCGUAAUGCAUCUCAGUAUUGGGGGGGAACGGAGGAAAAUGGCACGGAGAACAGGUUGCCUCCACUUUACGAAUCUUAUCAUGACUACGAGCGACACCUUCCGCAACACAACCUGUCGCUGCCGUACCCAGAGGGGAGGGACGCUAAAUUUUUCUGGGCAGCCAACCAUGUUCACGCGUCUGGGUGGGGCAAUGCCAUGCAAGAGCUACUCGUCAACGCUCUCCUAUCCCACGCCGUGAACCGAGCUUUCGUCUUCGACAACUAUACAUGGGACCCGGAUGGUCCAGAUUAUUCGGUGUUCAAUGGAAAGCUGAUUCCUUCACGGAUACCGCAUUCUGCCAUCAUUAGCGGUCCUAUUAUCGGUUCGUCCUGGCCACCUGGUGACCCGACGCCUCGUUCGGUUUCCCGAGAGUACUUUGAACGCGUGUGCCCGCAUCCUCUCGUCAUCGACAGCUACGAAAUCAAUAAAAAUUUGCGUCUGGACACCAGCGUGUCGGCAUCUGUCAUCUUUGACACAUGGGUGGACAAACUUAACUCUAUUCGCGAUCCUUGUGUCGAGAUCAAGCGUGGUUCCUUCCAGAUUUUCGAAAUAUGGCAGUUUGGAUCACCUCGAAUCUUGCCAUUGUGGCCCAGGUUAUCCAAGUCACCGAUCCUCCGUAACUUUUCAUGGUCACCUCUCGUCCUUCAGGCAUACGCCCAAAACGCACAUCUCUUUGACUCGCCGUCCCGAUCCCUUAGUUUUCUCCCUUCCUACCUCCGUCCUUCUAACGCUGUCUCAAUUUCCCCGUCCGAACUACACAAUGUCGAACCCCUCCUAACACCCGACCAAACGAACCCAGUACCUGGCCUUCUCGCCCUCCAUGUCCGCAGGGGUGACUUUGCCGACCACUGUGCCCAUCUUGCUAAAUGGGCGGCAGACUGGAAUGGCUUCAACAAGUUUGCAGCCCUACCUGACAAGUUUAGACCACCCCCUGAUGGCGGGCAAGGGUAUGCGACAGACGAGAAUUUGCAGCUGUAUAUGAAGCGAUGUUUUCCUUCGAUCGAGCAGAUUACGGAUAAAGUCCGCAAGGUCCUCGAGGAGCAGUAUAAUUUAUAUGGGAACUCAAGGGAGUUGAAGAAGGUGUAUGUCAUGACUAACGGAGACAGGGAAUGGUUGGAAGAACUCAGGGUAGCGCUCAUGAAGGUGAAGCGGUGGGAUGCUGUGGUGACGAGCAGGGACCUAUCUUUGAGUUGGGAAGCUAAGCCGGUGGCGCAGGCUGUGGAUAUGUUGAUCGGACAGCGGGCGCAAGUGUUCAUCGGCAAUGGCUAUUCGAGCUUGACAUCUAACAUUGUGAUGUUCAGGAUGUUAAGGGAACUUCCUCCGGAAGAUACGAGGCUUUGGUAGAUCACCUCGCCGCGACGAGUAAGCCGUCACAUACUUGAAUAGUGCCUCCGAAACAACUACUCAUGCUCUUGAACGUUUCCCCUUGCCGCAAUUACAUACCCCCGUCCCUCACAAUAUCCCAAUAUUAGUAGCGCAUGCCGGGGCAGCACACGACCCACGUCUCGCUUGUUCGUUGUACGCUCGCUCAUAGUAUUAUAUAGAGUAUUACUGUCGAACU